AUGAGUACUCCAGUUGUUCCUCCGGUUCCGAAACCCCGUACGCGACUCAAUAUUGUCAAAAGCGUCAAGCCCGAACUUCCAGAAAACAGUCAGAAUGAGGAGAAAACCUUCAUUCACAAUAACACGGAAGAGAGGCUCCCGGGGGUUAAGGUGGAAACACAACACAAAAAUGAUGAAUCAGGAGAUAAUGUUUAUGAUGAAGUACCUAUAGAAUACAAUUUGGCUAAAGCACCUGACCGACCUGCUCCACCACCUCCGAGACCACCAUCAAUAGGAUGGAUGAUCAAUGUGGAAGUUCCUAAGUCACCUACUUCCCCGCAAGUUAUGAAAUCAUCUUCUAGUUGUGAAUCGAAUGAGUCAGUGUAUCAAAACUCGAAUACCCCAUCUCCGCCUAUAUAUGCGGUCAGCAGCAAGACGAACAUUCAGAUGAAUGAUUCAACAGGCUCAAAGAUUCGUUUGUCAGACAUAGUUCCAUUGCAAAGCAAGAUAGAGAAGGGAAAGUCGAGACCUAUUGAAAAUAAUGGUUAUAUGUCCUUGUUAGAAUUUAGAGCCCUCGAAAAUGAUUUUAUUAGAAAACGGGAUUCAAAACAGCCUUGUGAGGGGGAAAGGAGAAGUUACGGGAUCCAUUCUCCUAAUUUCGAUGUAAAGAACAGUGAUAGUCGUGAGAGUAUAAGAACACCGCCCUUGCCUUCCUUGGAUUUUGACCUGCAGUCGCUAAACCUUGUAGAUUCUAAACCAAACCAAAACCACUACACACUAGCACCUACAAGAUCGUCUGAUUUCCGUAUGUCGGACUCAGGAACGAUAGAUGAACGGCCAAUCUCACUUCAAGAAAGUAAUAUAAUGGAAAUAGAGGGAACUUCAAUUUCCUUUUUUGGUUUCGUUACUAUUCAUGUCGGCAAGAAGGAAAAGAAAACAGCCCACGCACGAUUAAAGAAUAUGAAUAUUUCCUUCCACGAGGAUGAUGAGACAAACGAUCUUUUAUCAGGGCCUUUUCAUAUUUCUGGAUGUCAGCUGAUCUAUAGAGAGGAAGACGUUAUUUUCAUACGAUUCAAUGAAAUGGAAACUCAGAAAAGCAUAACGUUCACAGUAGAGGACCAAGCUGAAACCUGGUCGUAUCUCCUCGGAGAAUGUUGGAUAUCAGAUCAUAGUAUUUUAAAAGGAAGUGUCAAAGCUGCUACAGCAUGUGGAAUCGUUUGGCUACGACAAGGCUCCGCAACAGAGUGGCAACAGGCAUAUUGCUCGUUUGCUGAAAAAUCUUUGCAGUAUAUGCUGCGGGAUGAACCUGAAAACAGCUAUGAACUUGAUCUUCGCAAAAUUCUCGCCGUACGCGAAAAGGUUGAAAAGAAUCAAAGUUGUCCACAAAUCAAGAAGAAGAGCAGAGGAGCGUUUAUGCUAACAGUGGAAGGAUGCUCUCUAUAUGUUGAAUGCGAGGAUGAGCUAUGUACCACCAAGUGGUUUGAUUGUCUUAAUAAAGCCAUCAAUGCAACUCCUUCUAAGCUGGAUGAAUACCGUUUGACUUCUGACAAUGUGCCAAUGAUUGUUGACAAAUGUAUUCGGUUUAUUUCUGCCUUUGGAAUGAAUUCCGUAGGAAUUUAUAGGCGGAACGGCAAGAUCUCUGAGGCUAAGGAUAUCAUGAAUAAACUCCUCGAAGAUCCCGCUGGAACUCAUCUUCUACCUUCGACUGACGAAACUGUUUAUGCUGUAGCCGAUGUGUUACGGCAGUUUUUCCGUAAAUUACCGACCCCCCUGAUUCCAACAGACAUCCAUAGCAUGUUAUUCGAAGCCGUUCCUAAUGCAGUUCAAGAAAGGGUUGAAUCGUUCCGAAGAAUCAUCCACACGUUACCUCCUGUUUAUUUCAGUACUUUGAGGAAACUGAUGGCUCAUCUGAAAGAAGUGGCGGGUAACUGUGGUGAUAACAAAGCUAGUUUUGAUAAUCUUGCCAAAGUUUUUGGUCCAUCACUGUUCCAUACUGAUGCUGAGAGCGGUCAAAUAUGUUUUAAGGAUAAUUCCAAGCAAAUCUGGGUGAUAGCUACUCUUAUUCUGGAGUUUGACAAGAUUUUUGAGAUCACUAUGAGGGAAGAAAUCAGUCGCGUACUUCUGGAUUCGAAGAAAACUGCUACGCAUAACCAGAAGGGAAGAGCCAAAGGUCUCCUUGUGCCAAUUCAUCUAUGGGAGAAAGACAAUUUACCUUUCAAUGUGCAAUCAGACUUAGCUGCCGAGGAAGUAUGUAGAGAAGCUGUGGCGAAGCGGAGUUUCAACAAGAAACUUGAUGGGAAGUAUGCUGUUUAUGAGGUAAUCCGGGAUUCAAAUUUAAAACGGAAGAUGGGCCCAGCAGAACGAGUAUCGGAUGUUGUUAUCAAUCGAUGGAUACCCUGGAUGUUAACCGAUGGCUACUUACUUUUUGAUAAUGAAGAUAACUGUGAUGAGGAUAUGAACAUGAUUGCAAGCACGGGGAAAGUGAAACUAGCAGAACCAGGGUCGAAAACAUUCAAAACGUGCGAGCUUAAGAUUGAACAUGGGGUGAGGUUAAUAGCCAUGAAAGGAGAAAAGAACUGGAAAGAGUGGGACCUUCAUAGUCUAAUUUGGUUUAGUGGAGCUGAAACUUCUCGCAAAGCUCCAUAUCCGAAUUCUGCAACCUUCUUCGAAGUGAAAGACACGAAUGCUCGGGAAAAGUUGCCGGGCUUCUGUGUGUGUUUUAAACAAAUUUCGGAACGGUCGCGGUUCCUAUUCACUGUGAACUUUAUUCAAACGGGUGGUAAGCCAGCUCCUCUUGUUCAUAUCUAA